AUUAGCGAAUUGUUCGUGCAUGAGCUUCACACUUACGAUAAAUUGACACGAGCUAGGCAUAUCACUUUUUUUCUUUGCUUGUUCUAUAGCACAACACAGUUAAGCACGAGAUUUGUUGGCACAACACGCGAGCUUAUCCAGCCCGACUCGACCUAGCCGAUCUGUGGCCAACUCUUGUGUAGCUAACUGCCUAACUAGCUAUACUUGCGCUUUGAGUACAUCUCAAACUCUUCUUCUCACUCUUAGUUUUUAUAUAUACAGUGGCUGGAUUGUUCUUUUGGUUUUUUUAACAAGAAGAGAUGUCAAUUACCCGCGUAUCUCAAUUCAACAAAUUAGCGCAAUCACGCAACUCUCAAAUACACCUCAAAUUUUCAACAAUUUCAAAGGGAAAAACCCAAUCAAAAUCUCCAAAUACCCAGAAACCUGGACAUAAGAAGCAAGCAUUAUUGAAAAAAGAUGAUCAUGAUUCUUUGUUUAGUGAAAUUACUGAGAUAUUGGGAACUGGAAAUCUUGCUCUCAGUAAAAUUCCAUCUGGGGUUUCUGUCCCUGUUGCAAUGACUCUAGAUUUUUCUGGAAAUGGGAAUUGCACACAAGGUGUUUGUGAAAAUGCCCAAGAGAAAAUUGAGGGUGAAAGUGAAGAAGUGUUUGUUAGUAGAGAUAAAGCAGGAAACUUGACUGGAAUUGAUGAUAACCGUUUUGUUGUACAGAAGAUAACAGAGAUUGUAAGGCAGGCUGAUGGACGGUUGGAUGAUUCGGGCUGUGAAUUUAGUUCCGAUGUCGUUGUAAACGUGUUAAAGAGGUGCUUUAAAGUCCCACAUUUGGCUAACAGGUUUUUCAGUUGGGUGAAGUUGAAGAAUGGGAGUUGGCUUACAACUGAAAGUUACAACACUAUGUUGUAUCUAGCAGGGGAAGCUAAAGAGUUCGAAUUAGUUCAGAGGUUGGUUGAGGAAAUGGAUAAUUUUGGUUGUGAGAAAGACAUUAGGACUUGGACCAUCCAAUUAAUGCAUUAUGGAAAGGCAAAGUUGGUUGGGAAGGCCUUGCUGAUCUUUGAAAAAAUGAAGAAAUUGGGUUUUGAACCUGAUGCUGAAGCUUACGGAUGUUUGAUUCGCGUACUUUGUCAAUCUAGGAAAGGUGAAAUUGCGUUGGAGUUUUACAAAGAGAUGGUCCAAAAGGAUUAUAGGCCUGAUAUUAGACAGUAUACAAUGCUGCUCAAUUGUCUUGCUGGUUGUGGAGAUAUCGAUGGAGUUUACUUAGUUGCAAAUGACAUGAUUAGUAUCUCUCAGAUUCCCGAUCAGAAUGUUUAUGUCUUUGUCUUAAAGAGCUUCUGUAUGUCAGAACGCAUAAGAGAAGCUUUAGAGUUGAUUCGUGAUCUUAAGACUAAAAAUUUGACGUUAAGCUCUGAGUAUUUUGAAAUCCUGGUGAAGGGACUUUGUAAGGCUCGUAGGAUGGAUGAUGCUUUGGAGAUUGUUGAUAUUAUGAAGAAAAGAAAUGUUGUUAAUGAGGUGGUUUAUGAAGCUUUGAUUAAUGGGUACUUGAGAAAAAAUGACUUUGCUAGGGCUUUAGAUAUGUUUCAGGGGAUGAAGGAUGCUGGUAUUACACCCUUGACUUCAACUUACACAAUGUUGAUGCAGCAUUUCUUUAGCUUGAACGAAUAUGAGAAGGGUUGUGCUCUUUAUAAUGAGAUGCUGGAUAGAGGCGUGAAGCUGGAUUCUGUGGCUUACACAGCUAUAAUUGCAGGUCAUGUACGCAAUGACUCUAUUUCUGCUUCUUGGAAACUAUUCAAAAGUAUGGAGGAGGAAGGAAUUAAAGCCACACAAAAAUGUUACUUAGUAAUCAUCAAGGAGCUCUGUAGGAAUUCAAAGACUGAUGAAAUGAUCAAGGUUUUGUAUCAAAUGCAGGAUAAUAAAAAUAAGAUUAGUAAGGAAAUUUCCUAUUGCGUCAUAUCUUAUUUGGAGGGGAAAAGGGAGACUAAGAAAGCAGAAGAGGUGAAGAAGAUGCUAAUGUUGGGGGAUUACUAUGAAGCAGUUGAACCAUCUGAAAAAGAUGAGUUUUCUAAGACGAAGGUGCAUAAUCUGGAGUCGAACAAUAUUGAGCAAAAUGGGGAUUCUCUGUUGUUAGAGCCUUUACCACGAUCUUUCAAUAGCGAAGAUCUGCAUAAAAUCUGUGCCAUUUUGUCAUCACCAAAGGGUUGGUAUGAUAUGCAAAAAGCUUUGGAGGAGUUCCAAAUUUGUUAUACACCAGAUCUUGUGACUGAGAUCCUACGCAUUUGCAGUCAAUAUGGUUAUGCUGCCCUACAAUUUUUCUCAUGGGUUCGAAAUCAGCCUGGUUACAGACACACAACAGGAUCUUACAAUGUGGCAAUGAAAAUAGCUGGUAAAGGAAAAGAUUUUAAACACAUGAGAAAUCUUUUCUUUGAAAUGCAAAGAAACGGUUGCUUGGUAACACCUGAUACAUGGACAAUCAUGAUAUUGCUAUAUGGUCGAGUGGGCCUGACUAAUAUUGCAUUAAUGAACUUCAAUGAUAUGAAAGCCAGUGGUUUGAAGCCAACAGCAAGUACAUACAAGUACUUGCUUUUGUCACUCUGUGGGAGAAAGGGUAGGAAGUUGGACGAAGCCAUCAACCUGUUUAAGGAGAUGAUUAACACAGGGUUAGUUCCGGAUAAAGAAUUGGUUGAAGUAUGCUUCAAUUGUUUUUGUCAAUCAGGUAAAUUGGAAGAUGCGAAGAAGUGUCUGGAAUAUAUCCAAAAGGUUGGUUAUACUAAGCCUCUGAGCUAUUCCUUGCUUAUCAAGGCGCUUUUUCGGUGUGGGAAAGUAGAAGAAGCUUUACCUCUAGCAAAUGAUGUCAAAGAAGAGCGCUCUACACUUGACCGUUACAUCUAUGGGAGCCUAGUUCAUGGUCUCUUACAAAGCGGACAGUUAGACAAGGCAUUGGCUAAAAUAGAAUCGAUGAAACAGGUUGGCGUUCUUCCAACAGUUCAUGUUUACACAUCAUUAAUUGUACAUUUCUGCAAGGAAAAGCAGAUGGAAAGAGCAUUGGAUAUUUUUAAGACAAUGUGGCAAGAAGGCUGCUAUCCUACCGUCGUUACAUAUACAGCAUUGAUACAUGGGUAUAUCAACUCACAAAAUUUUGAGGAUGCUCAAAAAUUGUUCCUUCGUAUGAGACUAAAAGGACCGCUUCCAGAUUUCAAAGCAUACUCUAUGUUGAUUGCGAGUUAUUGUGAGAUGGAAAAGUCUGAAGUUGCAAUGCAGUUGUUAUCUGAAAUGUUGGAUGAUGGUAUUGUACCUAGCACUGUUAAUUUUCGGACUGUAUUUUUUGGGCUGAAUAGAGAGAGUAAGCAACAUUUGGCACAGAGAAUUAUGCAACUAAAGCAUGCCGUUGCAAAUAAACGUAAAUUCUCAACAUAGUUGUGCCUGAAGGAUGAUGCAGCUUUGUUGAUAUUUCCUUGUUGUAAUUGGACUCCUAAAUUGUACGGAGUAUGUUACAUGGACGGCAUCAAUUUCAAUGCUAAUGAGCGAGCUAUACAAUUCUUUUUUUCACUCCAUUGUGAUGUCUUCUAUGUUAUGAAGUAACUCGGUCUUUAAUUUUUAAUGCAUAUGGCAUAUCCCAAUCGCACCAUAAAUGAGAAUUGAAUCUUCAGAUGAUGUAUUUUUGUUUAUCUAAACAAGGCAAUUCUCUUCUUCCCUCUUUUGACUGUUAUGACCAC